GGAAGGAGCGAGUUUUUACCAAGACAACCAGCUAGGAGGGAAAAGUGAGAGAAAACUGAAGAAAGUGACCAAACCAAACGGUUUUUAAAAUGUCCAGAGGCCAAAAUCUGAGAGCUUUGGUGGAGGAGCGUCUGAUUGCGGCUGCUGAAGACAUAUAUGUGCUGUUUGAAAGAAUCACAGCAGAAUAUGAGGAGGAACUGUGUCGCUGCAAACAGGAGAACGAGAGAAAGCAACGGCUCCUGGACUCGACUCUGAGCCCGAGAGUCGUGCUGACCAGAGCCGGUGUCCACAUGUCCUCUCUUAGUCCUGGUUUCACUCUGAAACAGGAAAUCCCAGAGACUCCACAGAUUAAAGAGGAGACAGAAGAAGAGCACGCCAAACAGGAGGAAGAGGAGCUGCACAUGUCUGUCCCUGAGUCCAAUGAUGGCUGUGUGAAGACAGAAGAGUCCUCACUGCCUCAACGAAAAGAAACUGAUCACAGAGAGGACACACAGGGAGAGGACAUCAGCUCAGAGACACGUGUCCACAGAGAGGACACACAGGGAGAGGACAUCAGCUCAGAGACACGUGUCCACAGAGAGGACACACAGGGAGAGGACAUCAGCUCAGAGACACGUGUCAACAGAGUGGACACACAGGGAGAGGACACACAGGGAGAGGACACACAGGGAGAGGACACACAGGGAGAGGACACACAGGGAGAGGACACACAGGGAGAGGACACACAGGGAGAGGACACACAGGGAGAGGACACACAGGGAGAGGACACACAGGGAGAGGACACACAGGGAGAGGACAUCGGCUCAGAGACACAUGUCCACCCCGAGACUGAAAGAGACACGGAGCACUCUUCUGACAUUGACCGUGAUGAAGACUGGCGUGCUCCAAUCGACUUUUCAGCUGCACAGAUGGAGACAGAGGCGGAUGGAGACCUCACCAACCACGUCCAGAUCAGAGAAAAAAGCACCACUGCACCAAACUCAGGUCUAUCCCCUAAAUACAAGUCUGCACCAGAGACCAGAGCCACUGUGGACAAUGGGGACUUGUCAGGAAAAGCCGAAGGAGCUGCAGGGGAGAAACACCAGUGCUCUGUUGGUAAAAAGAGAUUUGACUUAAAAAACAAUUUAGAAAGAGUUGACAGAAGAGAGAAACCUUACAGCUGUUCUGUCUGUAAGAAAGCAUUUAAUCAUAAAAGUACUCACACAGACCACAUGAGAACACACACAGGAGACAAACCUUACAAUUGUUCUGUCUGUGAGAAAGCAUUUACAGUAAAGAAUUAUCUGACACUACACAUGAGAACACACACUGGAGACAAACCUUACAGCUGUUCUGUUUGUGAAAAAGCAUUUACUCAAAAGAGUAAUCUCACAGACCACAUCAGAACACACACAGAAGACAAACAUUACAGCUGUUUUGUUUGUAAGAAAGCGUUUAGUCAUAAGGGUGUUCUCACACGACACAUGAGAAUACACACAGGAGACAAACUUUACAGCUGUUUUGUUUGUGAAAAAGCAUUUACUCAAAAGAGUAAUCUCACAGACCACAUCAGAACACACACAGGAGACAAACCUUACAGCUGUUUUGUUUGUGAGAAAGCAUUUAGUCAUAAGGGUGUUCUCACACGACACAUGAAAACACACACAGGAGACAAACUUUACAGCUGUUCUGUUUGUCAAAAAGCAUUUGCUCAAAAGAGUAAUCUCACAAACCACAUCAGAACACACACAGGAGACAAACCUUACAGCUGUUUUGUUUGUGAGAAAGCAUUUAGUCAUAAGUGUGUUCUCACAAGACACAUGAGAACACACACUGGAGACAAACCUUACAGCUGUUCUGUCUGUGAGAAAGCAUUUACUGCAAAGAGUUAUCUCACACAACACAUGAGAACACACACAGGAGACAAACCUUACAAUUGUUCUGUCUGUGAGAAAGCAUUUUCUCAAAAGAUUACUCUUACACUACAUAUGAGAACACACACAGGAGAGAAACCUUACAGCUGUUCUGUUUGUGAAAAAGCAUUUACUCAAAAGCGUCAUCUCACAGACCACAUGGGAACACACAGGAGACAAACCUUACAGCUGUUCUGUUUGUGAAAAAGCAUUUAUUCAAAAGAUUCAUCUCAAAGACCACAUGAGAACACACACAGGAGACAGACCUUACUGCUGUUCUGUCUGUGAGAAAGCAUUUACUGUGAAGAGUAAUCUCAGAAAACAUGAGAACACACAGGAGACAAACCUUACAGCUAAUCUGUCUGUAAUAAAUGAUUUACCCACAGCAAUGUUCUGAAAACACAUGAGAAAUAGGUUGAACAGAGCGUCACUGAAAAUUUUGGGCUAUGUUUGUGUUACAACGAAAGCCAAAAUGAGAAUGAUAUUCUGUUAUCGUUAUGAUGUUAUAGUAUAUUGUACUGUUAAGAAAAUAAAUGUUUGUGCUUAAUAUC